UAAACUCGCUUACAAGGUAACAGAAAUGCCUGAAGUUAUAAUAGUCUCGGAUCAACUUGGCUUCAUCAUGGAGGCUACUUGUACUUCUGCUAAUCGUACAUACACACUCACCCGAUUGUGUCCUUCUUCUAAAUCUCCUGGUACUGAGCUAGUCUGCACUGAGAGGGUUUCCUCUAGAGCUAUUGAUGGGAAGGUUGAAGAGGAGAAUGCAUGCACUGGUACUAAAGUUGGUACUGUGGUGUGUUACACUGGAGCUGCUGGGUGUUGGGUAAGUACCUUCUUUACGUUUGGUCUUUCUGCUCCAGCUUGUUCCGCUGCUACUGCUGGCUGUGGUGCACUGAGCGCUGGUAGCUAUCUUGCUUGUAAUAAACCAAAGAAGAGGAAGAAGAAAGGAAAGUUUGUUUGUACCGAGUUGUUUCGUCAAGGCUACCUCUCUCCUGACAUCAUGCUCGCUGAUAUGAGCUUUGCUGAGCAUUACAGCAAAGACUACCCUAUCACACGUAAAGGGUAUGACAUUAUAGGACCAGCCCUAGCGACCAUCAUGAGUUCUUCUAAAGGUAUGACUGAUGCUGUGAGAUCCUUUGCUGUUCCUUGGGCGGAGCAGAUGGCGUACGAAGAAGGAUACCUUGAGACUGGGAAUGAACGUGGGGUAUUGGUGAUGAAUAUUGGGUCAAUCAUUUGUGCUACAGUAGGAGGAUUGUAUUUAUACUCUUACUACAUACUGGGAGGGAUUUUGAUGCUAGUUUCAGCUGCAUUGGCAAGGAAGAUUAAUUUCAAGCCAUUGGUUCCUCUCCCAAAGAAGAACAACUGAUUGUGAACAAUAACUUCAAUGAGUAUUGUAGUUAGGCACUUUUUAGUAU